AAAGAGGCUUCACAUUUUCUCAUUUCCUCUCUCUUUCUCUCUCUUCUCCUUCUCUCUCUCUGUGCCGUUGGAGGAUGUCGGAGAUCCGGUGCUCUCGCGCUUAAAGUUUUCUCUGCAUUUCCACCUCCGAUCUUCCUCUCUCAGGCCCCAAAUCCCCUGAGCUAGCUCUACUUUUCCCCAAAAUACUUUCUUUCAUUUCCAAAUCCUCUCAAUUCCCAUUCCCAAACCCAGAUUUCAAAUCCAAUCAAAUUCUCAAUUUUUUUCUCCUUCUUCAAUUCCCUUAUUAACCCUUUUUUCUUUUAAAGCUCUUUGUCUUUGUUCUGCAAUUUCACAGCAUUUUUUUUUGGGUGGGUUUGGUUAUACAAUCAGGGAAGAGGCAGACGAAGAGAGAAUUUUGAGGGGGAAUUUUUAACUUUUUAUUUUUUAAUAUUUAUUUUUCUGCCAAGAUUUAUAAAAUGGGUGUGAUUUCGCAAGGUAUAAUGCCGGUUUGCGAUAACCUAUGUUUCCUUUGUCCUUCAAUUCGUACUAGGUCGCGACAUCCUAUUAAGCGGUACAAGAAGUUGCUGGCCGAUAUCUUUCCUCGGUCUCCGGAGGAGGAACCUAAUGAUCGAAAAAUCAGUAAACUAUGUGAAUAUGCUUCAAAAAAUCCUCUCCGUAUUCCUAAGAUCACAAGUUCUCUUGAGCAAAGGUGUUACAAAGACUUGAGAAGCGAGAACUUCCAUUCUGUAAAAGUUGUUUUGUGUAUAUACAGGAAGUUGUUAAUAUCUUGUAGGGAGCAAAUGCCAUUGUUUGCAAGUAGCUUGCUCAGCAUCAUACAAAUUAUGUUGGACCAAACAAGGCAUGAUGAAAUGCGCAUUAUUGGAUGCGAAGCUCUUUUUGAGUUCGUAAAUAAUCAGCGGGAUGGUACUUACAUGUUUAACUUAGAAGGCUUGAUUCCAAAACUUUGCCUUCUAGCUCAAGAAAUGGGGGAGGAGGAUGACAGGGUGAAGUAUUUGCGUUCUGCUGGGCUUCAAGCUCUUUCCUCAAUGAUCUGGUUCAUUGGUGAAUUCUCUCAUAUGUCAGCUGAAUUUGAUAAUGUUGUUUUAGUAGUCUUGGAAAACUGUGGAGGUCCUAAAGAGAAAUCGGAUGAACUUAAUCAAGGUACCCCAAGUGAAGAGCCAAAAGUUGAUGGUCAUGUUUCUCCCUCACCAGGUGCCAUGACAAGGGUUAUGUCUUGGAAGAAAAUUGUGAAUGAGAGAGGCGAAGUUAACGUGACUGUUGAAGAUGCCAGGACCCCUCAAUUUUGGUCCAGGGUUUGCCUGCAUAACAUGGUCAAGUUAGCUAAGGAGGCUACAACUAUACGACGUGUACUAGAAUCCUUAUUCCGCUAUUUUGACAAAGGAAAUCUAUGGUCGCCUGAACAUGGGCUUGCCCUUUCUGUAUUGAUGGACAUGCAAUUAUUAAUGGAGUGUUCUGGGCAGAACACACACUUCUUGUUGUCCACAUUAAUCAAGCAUCUUGAUCACAAGAAUGUCUUAAAAGACCCUGACAUGCAGGUACACAUUGUUGAUAUUGCUACCUCCCUUGCUCGAGAAACAAAGGUUCAGCCUUCUGUGACAAUACUUGGUGCAUAUAGUGAUAUGAUGAGACACCUGAGAAAAAGCAUACACUGCUCCCUCGAUGACUCAAACCUUGGGGAAGAAAUAAUUCAAUGGAACAAGAAAUAUGGAGCAGCUGUUGAUCAGUGUCUUGUGCAAUUAUCACGUAAGGUUGGAGAUGCUGGUCCUAUUCUGGACAUUAUGUCAGUGAUGUUGGAGAGCAUCUCAAAUAUUACAGUUAUGGCCAGAACCACAAUUGCUGCUGUUUAUCGUACUGCUCAAAUUGUAGCAUCAAUACCAAAUUUGUCAUACCAAAAUAAGGCUUUCCCUGAAGCAUUGUUUCAUCAACUACUUCUGGCUAUGGUCUGUCUGGACUAUGAAACAAGGCUGGGUGCGCAUCGUGUCUUUUCUGUUGUUCUUGUCCCAUCUUCUGUUUGCCCUCGUCGUAGCUCAACAACUUCCUCAGCAAAGGCCGCUGACAUUCAACGGACACUUUCAAGAACAGCGUCUGUCUUUUCUUCUUCAGCUGCUCUCUUUGAGAAGAUGAAAAAGGAACAAUCUUCCCCACAGGAAAACUUAUGUCGAGAAAGUAAAGACAAAAUUGUGGAUGGUGAGGAUGAGAAGAUCAAUAACCAAUCCAUGUUGAACAGACUGAAGUCGAGUUACAGCCGAGCUUAUAGCAUGAAAAGGAAUUCAUUAUCUGUAGACACAGACCAAGAGCCGCCACAGGAGGCGAUUUCUCUAAGGUUGAGCACUAGACAGAUCAAUUUACUGUUCUCAUCACUAUGGGCACAAGCCAUAUCUCCUCUAAACACACCCGAAAACUAUGAAGCAAUUGCUCAUACAUAUAGCCUGUUGGUCCUAUUUUCACGAACCAAGAAUUCCAGUCAAGAGGCUCUGAUCCAAGGUUUCCAGCUAGCAUUUUCCUUGAGGAGCAUUUCUCUUGGUGCUGGGCCAUUACAACCAUCCCGGCGGAGAUCCCUCUUUACUUUGGCAACAUCAAUGAUAAUUUUUGCAGCAAAAGCAUACAAUAUCCUCCCUCUUGUUCCUUGUGCUAAGGCUGCAGUGACUGGUAAUACGGUUGAUCCAUUUCUGCAGUUGGUUGAUGAUUGCAAGUUGCAGGCUGUUAAUAAUGGAUUAGACAGCUUGGGAAAAGUUUACGGAUCAAAGGAAGAUGAUGAUGAUGCCUUGAAGUCACUUUCGGCAAUAGUAAUAAAGGAUGACCAAUCUAAAGAAUCCUUUGCCUCCAUGAUAGUGAAGACAUUGGGAAUUUCCUCAAAACAAGAGAUAUCCACUAUGAAGGAGCAAUUGCUUAAAGAUUUUCUUCCCGAUGAUGCGUGUCCACUGGGAACCCAGUUGUCCAUGGAGACACCUGGCCAGAUCUACCAGUAUGAUUCAAAAGAUGAUAAAUCUUUUGAUGAGGAUAAGCCUCCAAUGUUUUCAAUAGAUGAUGACAUGGCAGUAAAUGCACUUGAAAACCAACCCAAUCCUGAUUUGCUGCUGCCCGUGGAAAAUCCCAGCCUCCUGAGUGUCAACCAAUUUCUGGAUUCGGUUUUGGAGACAAGUAGUCAAGUCGGAAGGUUAUCUGUUUCUACAGCAUCUGACAUGCCUUACAAGGAAAUGGCUAGCCAUUGUGAAGCCCUCCAAAAGGGAAAGCAACGGAAAAUGUCUGAUUUUAUGGGUUCCCAGGAGAUCCCGGACAAUCUAUUGAGCCAAUAUUGUCAUGAUUUUAACCAGGCAACGCAUGUGCCAUCUCAUUCCCAGAGUGGGAAUCCAUUCCUUGACCAGAACUUCAGUGCUAACCCAGCUACAGGUAUGACGCCAAUGCUGUGCGCAACCGAGUACCAGCAUCAUCCCGACUUCUUUAUGCUACCGGCAGCAAGCCCUUUUGAUCACUUUCUGAAGGCUGCUGGUAGUUGAGAUUCCAAAUGGCCAAGAGAAUGGAUAAAGCAUGUUUUAAACUCAAAGGGGUUGAAGGUCUAAUAGUGUAGCAGAGGCUUAAAAGGAAGGACUUCUAGCACUGGCUGUUUUCUAAAUUUGCACUGCUGGUUGCUAUUGUUGUUGGCAGAGAAGUUUUAUCUUCUUUUCUUUUCUUUUUUUUUUGGUCAUGAGCUUAGUGAAUUUGUUGCCAAUUCAUUUAAGAUGCCUUCAUUCAUUUGUUCUUUUUCUAUAUUGUGUAGGAGAGGGAAUGCUUUUUUAAUUAAGUUCCUCCCGAUUGUUUUUCUCAGUCAAUGAAAUGUAUAUGGUGAAUUUCAAGGGAAUUUUUGACACAUUUUCAAGCCUCGGGUUGUAUAUUAAUAUAUCCAUUGUAUUA